UUGUGGGUUUAAAUGUCCUAAGCCCCAAAUAGGAAAAAUAUUUUUCUUCUUCAAAAGUGGGAGACCGACAACAGAACUAAGGAAGUUUUAAAGAUGAUUGCCCUGUGAACAUGGAAUUUGACAUAUGACCUUUGAAUGUUGUGUGAUAUUGUGAGCUGUUGCUCUCACUUUUUUCUCAACGGGCUCGCAAACCACGUGCUCAUAAUCGAGGUUUGAUCAAGGUUAGACUUGAAACGUGAUACAGCCAGGAGGCUCGCAAAGACCCAUGCAUAUUUGAAGUCAUGUGUUUUGAUGGGAUUGACGUAUUCUUUAAACUCUGGACAGAGAUCAAAGUAGAAAAAUAAUAGCCGAGGAUCAGAAAAUUUUUUCCGCUUCGACUAACGCACCUAUAGUCAUCAGUCAUAUACUGCCUGAGGAAUUUACGAUGCCUUACGUCGAAUUCGCUCCGCUUCGCAUCCCUUUCCACCGACGUUUGGAAACUGCAGCUGUUGCUCUUUAUUAUUACUCUUUCUAUUUCGGUGCACUUUUAGGAACAGUAAUCAUCCUUGGCCUGUUUUUCACGUCAUAUUACCCGAUUGCGAUGAUGUACAUAACUUGGGCCUACCUGAUCGAUGGACGCACUCCCGACCACGGUGGACGGCGAUCAGAAUUCGUAAGAAAAGCGAGAGUGUGGAAAUAUUUCAGAGAUUAUUUUCCGAUCAAGCUGAUCAAAACAACCGAACUUGAUCCAAGCAAAAACUAUGUAUUUGGUUACCAUCCUCAUGGUGUUUUGUGCGCGGGAGCAUUUUGUAAUUUUGCCACCGAAGCUACAAAUUUCAGCGGUACCUUUCCCGGAAUAACACCACAUUUACUACCACUUAUGGCCUUGUUCAAACCACCGUUAUUUCGAGACUACAUUAUGAGCAGUGGUAUGUGCAACGUCACUCGUGAGAGCUGUGAGUACAUUCUCACCAAAAAAGGGCCUGGUAACUCAGUAGUGAUUGUCGUGGGUGGGGCUGAAGAAGCAUUUGAUGCCCAUCCAGAUACUUACACCUUAAUCCUGAAACCCAGAAAAGGAUUUAUCAAGCUUGCACUGAGAACUGGUGCCUCUCUUGUUCCUGUAUUUGCUUUUGGAGAAAAUGACCUUUUCAAUCAAGUGAAAAACCCUCGAGGUUCCAAGCUGCGGGAUAUUCAACAAAAAAUUCAGAAAAUGGUUGCAUUCGCCCCAGUUCUUUUCUUUGGUCGGGGUAUAUUCCAAUACACAUUUGGAUUUCUGCCUCACAGAAGACCAGUCAAUGUUGUUGUUGGACCUCCUAUUCCAGUUACAAAAGUUGCAAACCCAACUCCUGAUCAUUUGGAUGAUCUCCACACCAUUUACAUUGAAAAACUCAAGCAGUUGUUUGAAGAGAACAAAACUAAGUAUAAUGUUCCUGAAUCAACUGAGCUGAUAAUUUAUUGAGAGCAUUUACAUUAUGAGAAAUGUUUGAUUGAGUAAUGUACUAAGUCAUCCAAGAUUACAAAGGUUUUGCAUCUCUGAUUAGUAAAGAAAUCUUUCUUGGCCUCCAACCCAUCAGACACAUGACUAGAACUAAUCAAGGUGAGUCACUUAGCUUAAAACCUCUGAAAUAUCUUUGAUUUUAAUAUUUAUGAACACCUUAAGAAAUUUACCUUCCUUUUGAUAGGCUGUUUCCAUGAAUUAGGUCUCAGUGUCAUGACACCCAAUCAAAACAAUGGUAUACAAUGAAUAUUUAUCAGUACAACACAUUUUUAUUUACAACAUGGGUUAAUUAGUUUCUUAGUUUUGAUAUGGCACAACACAGAGAUCCUCAGAUCACCGGCUAAUCAAAGAGUCUGGUUUGGCUUGUCAAGUCUGACACAGAUUUUCAAAAAGAUUUUAGAGGAUUCAAAUGGUUUUUGAUGAAAGACAUCACUGAAGUUGUAAAGAAAAUUUAGGUGGGGUAUUCUUCUUCAAUUUCCAGCUGUCAUUUGGGCCUGUCACGCAACACACUUCCAGUGGUGGACUAAGUUUUUUGCGUGACAUGCUUAUACAACUGCUGCAAUGAUUGGUGGAUAUGCUCUAAAACUGCCAGAUUUAUCUAUUCAAUUCAAUACCGAUAUUUCACGAAACUCAGAAUGAACAUUCACGCAUAGUACUGGUUUCUGGUCAUGCUUGAUCCAGGACCCCUCAUUGGAGUGAAAACCGUACUAAUAGACAGCUCACUAUCAAACAGGAAAAUGCCAAAAAUUGAAUUUUUUUUGCCUUCAGCUGUUUGUGCUCUUAACCAAAAAUAUCUCAAGUGUCAGUGAGAGAUUUUUCUAAUUUUUCAAUAGAAUUGAUUACAGAAGUGAGCAAAUUUGCUUAAGGCUAUAGAAAUUCAUUCAGACCCCCUUUUGUAACAGUUUUUUUUUUUUAGAUUUUAACCAACCUACAGCUUACCUAACAGGCACUAGAAAACAAAAACUUGAGUGCGAGGUUUUUCAAGCGCAUGUAGACAAGAAGGGGGCGCCAGAGGAGAUCAGGAGCUCAAUCUCCUGCUUUUCUCUUCAACGUGCUCCCUGAUAACUGCACUUUUGUUACUCUAGCACCUGUUACCCAGGCUAAUUUUUAGUGUAAUUUUUACAUAUUUUUACGAAGGUUAUUUUUCAGUAGAAGACAAGCAAAUGUAGAGGUGAAAAAUUAUACAGACUGAGGUUACCCAAUUGAAUUUGUUCACGGUUUUUAAAGUUCAGUUUUUAGCUUUCGAGCUGGUCACUGAUACUGACUUACAAAAGAAGAAACCGUUAAAACAUAUUCUUGUCUCUCGGGGAGAAAAACAGUAAUUUAAAAAGUGGAAGUAAGUUGUGGAAAAUACUUGCGAGGUUAGAUAUCAUAAAUAAAACAAUUUUCGACCCUCUU